AUGUCGAUGACCAUCGAGGAGCUCGACGCCACCGUGCGCGCCUUCUACGAGGGCCGUGGUGAUCAGCAAAAGGCCGCACAAGCUUCCCUCAACCAGUUCAAAGAGAACCCGGACGCCUGGCUGUUGGUGGACAAGAUUCUGCAAGAGGCGCAAUACCCACAGACAAAGUACUUGGGUUUGCAAGUGCUCGACAAUGUGAUCAUGACGAGGUGGAAGGUCCUGCCGCGCGACCAGUGCCACGGCAUCAGGAACUUUGUCGUCAACUUCAUCAUCCAGCAGAGCAGCACCGAGGAGAGUCUGCGCAAGGAGCGAGCAUUACUCAACAAGCUCAACCUCGUGCUGGUGAGCAUCCUCAAACAGGAGUGGCCGCACAACUGGCCCACCUUCAUCAACGAGAUUGUUUCCUCGUGCCGGAGCAGUCUGCCCAUUUGCGAGAACAACAUGGCCAUCCUGCGAUUACUGUCAGAGGAGGUGUUCGACUUCUCUGCUGAGACUAUGACCAGCACAAAGAUCCGCUCACUCAAGCAGAGCAUGUGCGACGAGUUUGCUGCCAUCUACCAGCUGUGUGCCGAGAUUCUGCGAACAGCGGACCAACCCAGUCUGAUCAAGGCCACACUUGAGACGCUUCUCCGCUUUCUUAACUGGAUCCCAUUGGGCUACAUCUUCGAGACGCCCGGUUCUGGUCAAUCGCUUAUCGAGACACUGCGCAGUCGAUUCCUCGAAGUGCCCGAGUUCAGAAACAUCACGUUGAAGUGUUUGACAGAGAUUGGCAGCUUGCAGACAGAGCAGAACUGGAGCGAGAAGCUGGUGCAGAUGUUCACGGAAACCCUCACCACCAUCUCGAAGAUCAUCCCGCUCUCGCUCGACCUCAAGAGCACAUACGCAUCAUCAAACGGCAGAGAUCAAGAGUUCGUGCAGAACUUGGCGCUCUUCCUCACCACUUUCUUCAGCAAUCAUCUCACGCUAGUCGAGAACCUUCCGAACCGCGACUACCUCAUUCACGGCCACUUCUACCUCAUCCGAAUCAGUCAAAUCGAGGACCGUGAGAUCUUCAAGAUCUGCUUGGAGUACUGGACGAAGCUGGUCUGCGAGCUGUACGACGAGAUGCAGCAGAUACCCAUCACCGAGAUGAACCCGCUUAUCAACAUGAGUGGUAUGCAGAAUGGAGGUGCUAUGAACCCUUCCAUCAUGGCAAACUACCCACUUCGGAAACACAAGUACACCGAUGUGCUGUCGAAUUUGCGACAAGUCAUGAUCGAGAAGAUGGUGCGACCCGAAGAGGUGCUCAUUGUUGAGAACGACGAAGGAGAGAUUGUACGAGAGUUCGUGAAGGAGUCCGACACCAUCCAGCUUUACAAGACCACAAGAGAAUGCUUGGUGUUCCUGACACAUUUGGACGUUGUGGAUACCGAGCAGAUCAUGUCUGAGAAGCUCGCGCGACAGGUCGAUGGCACGGAGUGGAGCUGGGCAAAUUGCAACACGCUCUGCUGGGCGAUCGGAUCCAUCUCGGGUGCUAUGAAUGAGGAGACCGAGAAGCGUUUCCUGGUCACCGUCAUCAAGGACCUCCUCGGCCUCACUGAGAUGAAGCGCGGUAAGGACAACAAGGCGGUCGUGGCAUCGAACAUCAUGUACAUUGUCGGCCAGUACCCACGUUUCCUCAAGGCACACUGGAAGUUCCUUAAGACGGUCGUCAACAAGCUGUUCGAGUUCAUGCACGAGACUCACGAGGGUGUUCAGGACAUGGCCUGCGAUACCUUCAUCAAGAUCGCUAAUAAGUGCAAGCGUCACUUCGUCAUCCAGCAGCCUGGUGAGAAUGAGCCAUUCAUUGACGAGAUUGUCAAGACCAUGCGUAAGAUCACUUGCGAUCUCUCACCUCAGCAGGUACAUACGUUCUACGAGGCUUGCGGCUACAUGAUCAGCGCACAAGGACACAAGAACACACAGGAGCGACUGAUCGCCGAGCUGAUGAGCCUACCCAACCAAGCGUGGGACCAGAUCAUUCAGUCAGCCCACCAGGACCCAAGCAUUCUCCAGAACGCCGAGACAAUCAAGGUCGUUGGCAACAUCAUGAAGACAAACGUUGCAGCUUGCAGCAGUAUUGGCUCAUACUUCUACCCACAGAUCGGUCGCAUUUACUUGGACAUGCUAACGAUGUACCGUGCGUCAUCGCAGCUCAUUGACGAAGCUGUGCAGCGCGAUGGCAACAUUGCCACUAAGAUGCCCAAGGUUCGAGGACUGCGGACGAUCAAGAAGGAGAUCCUCAAGCUCAUCACGACCUACGUUGAAAAGGCCGACGAUCUUGAGAUGAUCCAUCAGAACCUUGUGCCGCAGCUCCUCGAAGCUGUCCUGCUGGAUUACAAGAACAAUGUGCCAGAUGCACGAGAGGCGGAGGUCUUGGCGGUCAUAACUGUGCUCAUCACGAAGCUACAGGGUAUCAUGACCGAGCAAGUACCCGCGAUCCUCGAUGCUGUCUUCGAGUGCACGCUCGACAUGAUCAACAAGGACUUCUCCGAAUACCCAGAACACCGUGUCGAGUUCUUCAAGAUGCUUCGAGCCAUGAAUCAGCGCUGCUUCCCAGCUCUUCUGCAGCUCGACCAGGCGCACUUCAAGUUGGUCAUCGACUCGUGCAUGUGGGCGUCCAAGCACGACAACCGCGCUGUCGAAGGCGAAGGUCUCAACAUGUGCAUUGAGCUUGUGGAGAAUAUGGCGAACCAAACCGACCAGGCCACUUGUGAUGCCUUCUUCCAAAACUUCUACACCACCAUACUCCAGGACGUCUUCUUCGUGCUCACCGACUCAGACCACAAGGCUGGCUUCAAGUAUCAGUCGAUGCUCCUGGCUCGCCUAUUCUGGCUUGUGGGCGCGAACAAGAUCCAGAAUCCAAUCUACUCUGGCGAUCAAGCACCAGCUGGAACGUCGAACAAGGACUUCCUUCAAAACUUCGUCGCAAGCUUGCUCAGCAAUGCCUUCCCCAAUCUGCAGGCAUUGCAGAUUACGAACUUCAUCAAGGAUCUCUUCGCCAACACCGAGGACCACACGAAGUUCAAGCUCAUCCUACGUGACUUCUUGAUCCAGCUCAAGGAGUUCGCCGGCGACAACGCCGAGCUCUACCAAGAAGAUCGCGAGAAGGCCGCUCAGGAUGCGAAGAACCAAGAGCGCGAGCGCAUGGCCAAGGUUGGCGGUCUACUCAAGCCAUCUGAGCUCGAAGACGACGAGCUUUGA